AUGGUGGACUCGAAGGUGGAGACCAUUUCACGACUGGCUCAAUGGAAGAUCGAGAAUUUCGGGACAACCACCAAUUACAAAAGAUCCGACCCCUUCAAGAUCGGCAUGUGGAACUGGCAAUUAUCAGUAGAGAAGAAUAGGUACAUGUACAUACGGCUUUUUCCGGAGCCGUCGCGGCUGUCGAAGGAGCAGCCGCCGUUGGCGCGCUUCGUCUUACGUGUCACCACCUCUGGUUCCAAUCGAAGACCGUACAUAUCUCCAAUUCAUGAGAGGCUGCUUCGAACAAGUGAUGACUUUGCCUGGCCCAUUGACUCUACCUUUCACGGUCGAUUCGUCAUUGACGUUGAGUUUCUGGACUUGAAGAUCUACCCUCUAAAUGGUGGAGAAGGCAGUUCUAUAUGGCCGAGUGAUGGAUUGAUGCAAUAUCUAGCGACUCAAAGUACUCUAAGAUGCCUCUCUCGCAUGCUCAACGAGUCUAUCCAUGCUGAUGUCACCAUUAACACAGCUGAUGGAACGCUGCAAGCCCACAAGGCUAUUCUUUCUGCAAGCUCUCCGGUGUUCCGCAGCAUGUUCUUGCACGACCUCAAGGAGAAAGAAUCCUCAACAAUUGACAUAGAAGAUAUGUCAACAGAGUCGUGCAUGGCCCUGCUCACUUACUUAUACGGGACGAUAAACCAAGAAGAUUUCUGGAAGCACCGAUUGGCUUUGCUGGGUGCGGCAAACAAGUAUGACAUUGUAGACUUGAAGGAUGCUUGUGAGGAAAGUCUUCUAGAAGAUAUUAACUCGGGAAAUGUCCUUGAGAGGUUGCAAGAGGCUUGGCUUUACCAGCUUGAUAAACUGAAACGCGGGUGCUUGAUGUACUUGUUCGAUUUUGGGAAGAUUUAUGAUGUUCGGGAUGAAAUGAGCGAUUUCUUCAGGCAGGCAGACAGAGAACUAAUGGUCGAGAUGUUUCACGAAGUGCUCGCAGUUUGGAAACCUGCAUAA